AUGGAUAUCCACCGCUGCAGAUUCGUUCCAUACCCCCCGUCAACAAUCAAUGCAUUGGCAUUCACCCACUCGAAUUUGACAAAAGGUCAGUCUGCCGCUUCUCCACGAUUGGCCCUCGGUCGCGCAAACGGUGAUAUCGAGCUCUGGAACCCGCAAAAAGGAUCAUGGCUUCAGGAAACAAUCAUUCGAGGUGGUAAGGAUCGUAGUAUUGAUGGACUUGUCUGGACUCAAGAUCCUACUGAGGAAGUUAAUGGCACAAAAAUAAUUGGGAAAUCUAGACUCUUCAGCAUCGGAUAUACUACAACUGUUACCGAGUGGGAUUUGGUGAAAGGUCAGCCAUUACGUUCAGCAAGCGGCAAUCAUGGUGAGAUAUGGUGCCUUGCUGCUCAACCUGCAGAGGAACAAAAGCGUGGGGAGGAGCCUUCCGGGGAGUGUCAAAAGCUCAUUGCUGGUUGUGUUGACGGAGCUUUGGUUUUGUAUUCGACAGCAGAUGAAAAUCUACAAUUGCAAAAAGUUCUUGUUCGCCCAUCUGCAAAAAAAGCGAAAAUUAUCAGUGUUGCUUUCCAGGAUCGCUACCAUGUUAUUGCCGGGUGUUCAGAUAGUAAUAUUCGAAUUUAUGACAUAAGGACCGGAUCAAUGCUAAGGCAGAUGUCUUUGGGAGCUGGACCUAAAGGAGGGCCCAAGGAUAUCAUUGUCUGGGCUGUGAAAGCAUUACCAAAUGGAGAUAUCAUUUCUGGUGACUCGACGGGAGAAGUCAAAACCUGGCAUGGUAAAACAUACAGUAUGAUGCAGCACAUCAAGAGUCAUACUCAAGACGUUCUCAGCCUCGCGACAAGCGCUGAUGGGAUGACCUUUUUCAGUGGUGGUAUGGAUAGACGAACAGUCGUCUACAAACAAAUCAAAGGGAAGAAGAGGUGGUCAGAAGUCAGGCACAGAAGAUAUCACACUCACGAUGUAAAGGCCAUGGCAAGCUUGGAAUGUCAAGGAAUCAGCGUUGUGGCUUCCGGAGGUCCCGAUGCUGCUCCUACUAUUAUUCCACUUGCGCAAUCCGGUCAAGAAAACCAACGUGCCUUGCCCUUCCUACCUCAAGCUUCUAUCAUUCAAAGUUCUACAAGAAAGAGGUUGAUGAUGAGUUGGUGGGAUCGAGAGAUAAAUAUCUGGCGCAUAAACAGACUUUCCGAAUCUAUCAAUGGCGAUGAGCCAGAGACUGCGGCGGUCAAUCGCAAAUUGGUCGCGAAAAUAUUAGUCAAGGGGGAGUCUAAUAUCACAUCUGCGACUUUGAAUGCUGCGGGAAACCUGCUCGCUGUUUCAACGAUGUCAGAUAUAAAGCUAUUCCGCCUCAAGGCACGAAAGCCCGAAGAUGGCGAGGGUCUUAAGGUAUCAACUGUCGCUGUACCACAAGCAUUUUCUUCUGGGGCUCGUAUGGUUCAAUUUUCCCCUGACGGAAACUGGAUAUCGAUAAUUCGGGAUGAUAGCUCAGUCGCAGUAGCGCGAGUCAUUCAGGAUGAUGAUUCACCAUCGUCAUUUAGCAUAAUUCCUCAGCUCUCAAGACUUUCUCGUCUUGAUCGCAAUAUCUCGAAAACUAAGCUACUAGGUGGUCUUGGUGCAUAUGAAAGAACUAUCACCCAAGCAGCAUUCUCAUCUGAUAGUCGGAUCUUGGUAGUAAGUGACCUGGCAGGUUUUGUCGAUACUUGGGUUCUGGAAGGAAUCGAAGAUCUUGCGCAAGAGUUGGAGGAAGCAGAGGAAGACGACGCAUCUGGCGAUGAAUCCGACGAUGGUUCCGAUGCUGAAGAACAGAAGAAACCAAAACUGAUCUUCGGUCAACACUGGACACGAAACCCGUCUGCAACUCGUAUACCAAAACUUCCCGCCGCACCAGUUGUACUAUCUUUCCGCCCUGCAACUCUCCCUGUACAAAUUAAUGGAGCUACACCUCCUGCUACACGCAAUAAUCCACGUCCUGUAUCUCAUGAACUACCCGUUGCCGAGGAUCGUCUAGUCAUUGUUACAUCCACUAAUGAAGUUUAUGAAUUUGAAGUUUUAGCUGGCUCACUCACACCCUGGUCUCGCAGAAAUCCUACUUCUACAUUCCCCCUUGCAUUCCGUAAAGUUGCAGAUUUGGCAAGAGGUUGUUUGUGGGAUAUCUCAAAUGGUCGCGAGCGUAUGUGGUUACAUGGUAUCAACUGGUUAUGGAUGUUCGAUUUAUCACAGGAUUUCCAUUUUGAGGAUGAAGAAGCGGAAGAGGAUGGAGAUGCCGGGAGUUCAGGAAGCAAGCGCAAGCGCUUCCAACUAGGGAAAUCCGGAGCUGGUGGUAUGAUUGACCCAGAAGAGAACGAGACAGGAAUGUCCCGUAAAAUCCGCAAACUCAUCCACGAGGAGGAAACCCAAGAAACCGAAAUUGACAUUCAAAAUAACAAAUACGAUAUGAAUGUUGAUUCGGAAGACGAUGAAAUUGACAGAGAAUCAAAGUCGUUGCUAAGGAGAAAACCGCAGAAGAGCGAAGAUGAGAAGUUUGGGGGACCAGCUCAAACGUACAAGACGCUCAAGUAUAGACCAAUACUCGGUAUGGUGGAGAUUGGUGAGGGCGGUAAAAAUGGGCUGGAAGUGGCAAUUGUAGAAAGACCUAUCUGGGAAGCGGACUUGCCGAUGAGAUUAGAGGGUGAUCAGGAGUGGGAGAAGAAGUCCUUGUAUUGA